UGACACCAUCACUAAAAAUGUGCUCGCUACCGAUUUCUCCCUCAAACGUCAAAAAUUGUGUGAUCGGUUGUUUUUUUUUUUUUUUAAUCCUUUCUUGCCUGAUGGUUCUAAAAAUUUAUUACAAAUUGUUUGAAUAACAAAGAGAAACUCACUUGAUACGGUACUAAACUGUUAGCUUUCCAAGGAACAUAUUUUGGAAGUGAAGAUGAUUGGGCUGCCUAACCUUAAAGACUACGACGUCUCCCCAAAGACUGGGUUUUUACCAGAAGAACUGCCUCUCACAAGAUUGACAUCCGAAUAUUACAAACCAUGGGAAUCAUUAGUUGAGGUUUUACCUUCGUUAAUAUUGACCAAAAGAAUAAGAAAGUUGGUGGAAAAAUUACCAGUUUUAAGCAUAGAUCAGAUUAAAGGUGAUAAAAAAGAGUUGAGAAGAGCUUAUUCAGUUUUAAGCUUUUUGACACAUGCUUAUGUAUGGAAUGUUGAUGUUCCAACAGAUACUUUACCAAAACCUUUGGCGGAACCAUUACUUGAAGUUUCCAAAAUUUUGGAACUACCACCUGUUGCUACUUAUUCUGGCUUGAUUUUAUGGAAUUUUAAACCAAUUUUAGAUAUGGGUGAAGAUGAAGAAUUUGAUUUAGACAAUUUGACCACUAUAAACACAUAUACCGGAUCAAUCGAUGAAAGUUGGUUUUACCUUGUCAGUGUCUAUUUUGAAUAUAAAGGUGCACAUUGUAUAACUGAUGGAUUGGAUGCCAUUAAGGCCAUUAGAGAAAACAAUAAGGAGAAAGUCAUAGACAGUUUACAAAAAUUGGCUGAAUCUAUUGAUAGAUUGGGAUCAGUUUUGAUGAGAAUGGAGGAAAUGUGUGAUCCUCAUACUUUCUAUUAUAGAAUUAGACCAUAUUUAGCUGGUUGGAAGAAUAUGAAAGAUGCUGGUUUACCAAAUGGGUUGAAAUAUGGAGAUGAAGGUCAUUAUAGAAGUUAUGCCGGUGGCUCAAAUGCACAAUCUUCAUUGAUCCAAACUUUGGAUAUAAUGUUGGGGAUUGAACAUUAUCCAACUGGUGAAAAGAAGGAUUCGUCUUCUUCGAAAUCAAUAUCUUCAUUAUCUGGCCAAAAUAAUUUUAUGAAUGAAAUGAAAACUUAUAUGCCAGGUCCUCAUCAACGUUUUUUAAAUCAUCUUGCACAAGUUGCUAAUAUCAGAGAUUAUGUCGCUGAGGUCCAAGACCCUGAAUUAACACUUUCUUAUGAUGCUUGUUUAGCAAUGCUCAAAGCUUUUAGAGAUAAACAUAUCCAAAUUGUUACAAGAUAUAUUAUUUUACAAGCGAAAUUAUACAAGAAGGCUGGUUCUUCGAACACUUUGAGAUCAGGUAUCUCCAAAACUGCAGAAAAGACUGAACAAAAGGGUACUGGUGGUACUUCUUUGAUUCCAUUCCUCAAACAAUGCAGAGAUGAGACUGGUGAUUUAGCUGCUGGUAAAUGGGGUAAAAAAAUCUUGUCAGCUGGUGUUUUGAAUAGUAGAUAUACAAGUAAAAUGGAGAUUGAAGAUGAUGAAACAGAACAUGUGAAUAAGAAGGCUAAGUUAGGCUUAGCAGGAUCCUGGGUUGAUGGUGGUGAAGAACAAACUGGCCAUUGGUGAUCCUCUUUUAUAUAAUAUAUUUACGAAUUCUACGAUGUUGUUUAACCUUUGUACAAAAUACUUAAUUUUCAUCUAUAAA